GCGCCCAUCUCAGGAAGACAGCUGGGGACAUGGGCAUUGUCUUGAUCUGAACACCUGGCUCCCUGGGAAGAAGAUAAUGUGAGGGUAGAGGAGCAGCAAGACAAGAGGGUGAGCAUUCGUUCUCUGAAGCUGCCAGCUUCCUGGCUGAGCCUUCGGAGGACUACCAGCUGCUGACUGAGGCCAGGAUAGCAGGGGCCCACCUGGUGAUAGGUCACAAUGGCCUAGCUGUAAAGUCCCCGGAAUGGCUGGUGAAGUGAAGGGAGGUGUGAGCAGGGCUCGGUGGGUGAGUGUGUGUGGGGAGGGAGACAUUCCCGAGGAGCCCAGCUCCCCACUCUCCAACUUCCGCCUUGAGUGUCAACUGGGGCCCUGCCCCCUUCCACCCUCCCCACACCCUCACUCUCCUCCAGCCCUAGCUCUUCCCAUCACCUCCACUGCCUUCCAUGACCCAGCUCUGCUUACCCAGGCCCAAAGCCCUAGCAGAUGCACUCCUUGUCCCUGCCAGGGGCCUGGGUGCUGGGGAGGGGCCAGGGAGUGCAGUGCGGGCACAUAUGUCAUGCUGGGAACCCAGUUGGCCCCGGCUCCUGGACAGUGCCCUAGGGCUGGGCGCGCUGGGGCUGACGGUUUGUGUCAUCUUUGCCAUGGUUGGCCCGGCCUUGCUGCUGCUGCUGCUGCUCGGCAGCUUCCUUGCCUUUGACUUGCUCCACAGGCCUGCAGGCCCCACCCUGCCACAACAGCGACUUCUCUUCAGGGACCAGAGUCAGGGAGCCGGUGAGGGUCUGGGAUGGCAGGAGACUCAUCUCCACCUGUCGGGGCCUGUUCCCACACAGCUCAAGACCCAGGAUGCACUGCUUGUGCUGCUCAUGGGGCUGGGGCUGCUCCUGGUAGCCCAUGGCAUGCCCUUGACUUUGCUGGGCCUGGCUUUCUGCCUUCACCCUUGGGCCUGAAUGUCCUCUCAAAAU